AUGGCGGGCGAAGAUGCAGCGGUGGCAUCGCCCAUGAUGGAGGACAAGCUCCGCAUUGAGAUGCUAGCACUCACCUACAUUAUGGAAAAAACCAACUUCAAGGAAGGGCGCGGAAAGGUGUACAUGACGCACCCCACCAAGGCGAUCUAUCGAUUCCUCAUGUCUGACUUUGUGCGGAUCAGCAAUGCUGGCUCCGACCGCAUGCUCUUUGACGAAGCGGAAAUGCUGGCGUCGUGGCGCCAAAUUGAGGCCGUCGACUACCACCAGGAAGUCAUUAUUGGCGGCGCACUGCGCUUCACGCCCUACCACGCAGGCCAUGUGCUUGGUGCAUGCAUGUUCAUGCUUGAAAUUGCCGGGAUCCGUGUCCUGUACACGGGCGACUAUAGCCGUGAAGAAGACCGGCACCUUGUCCAGGCCGAAGUCCCCCCUGUGCGCCCCGACGUGCUCAUCUGCGAAAGUACGUACGGGACACAGAGUCUGGAGCCGCGGUUAGACAAGGAGAUGCGCUUUACCUCGCUCAUCCACACCAUUAUCAACCGCGGCGGGCGUGUUUUGCUGCCCGUAUUCGUGCUUGGCCGUGCCCAAGAACUCCUGCUCCUUUUGGACGAGUACUGGGAAGCGCACCCGGAGCUGCACUCGAUACCUAUCUACUAUGCCUCUAGUUUGGCCCGCAAGUGUAUUUCCAUUUACCAGACCUACAUUCACACCAUGAACCACCACAUCCGCGCGCGCUUCAACCGGCGCGACAACCCAUUUGUGUUCAAGCAUGUGAGCAACCUGCGCAGUUUGGACAAGUUUGAAGACAAAGGACCUUGUGUAAUGAUGGCCAGUCCAGGCUUUAUGCAGAACGGCAUCAGCCGCGAGCUUCUGGAGCGAUGGGCGCCGGACAAGCGCAACGGGGUAAUUGUGAAUGGGUACUCUGUCGAAGGUACCAUGGCGCGCGACAUUCUGAGCGAUCCUGAGGAGAUUAUGGGCCUCAGUGGCCAGCGUAUUCCCCGGCGCAUGUCUGUCGACUACAUUUCCUUCUCUGCGCACGUCGACUAUACGCAAAACUCGCGUUUCAUCGACGAAGUCAAGGCCAAGCAUAUCGUCCUCGUGCACGGCGAAGUGAAGAAUAUGAGCGGACUACGCGCUGCGCUGCAAAGCAGGUACAAUGACCGCGACGACGACGUGAAGAUAUACAUGCCGCGCAACUGCGAUCCGCUCUUCCUUGCGUUCCGCGCGGAUCGUACCGCGAAAGUGAUUGGGCAUCUCGCGGAUAAGCCACCACUUACAGACAAGCCGAUUGACGGCCUGCUGGUUGCGAAGGAUUUCUCGUAUACCGUGCUAGCGCCCCAGGAUUUGGGCGAGUUUACAGGGUUGGGCACAAACACCAUCCUUCAGCGGCAGCGCGUGGCGCUGCGUGUAGGAUGGGAGCUCGUGCGGUGGCACUUGGAGGGCAUGUAUGGCUCAAUUCAAGACGGCGUAGAUUUAGAGGGCGUGCGGACUUUGCGGAUCAUGAAUGUGGUCGAUAUCAAGCAGCCGCACGCGCACGAACUGUUGUUGGAAUGGGUCGCGAGUAUUUCCAACGAUAUGGUCGCUGAUUCCGCCAUUGCCCUGCUGCUAAGCAUCGAUAGUAGCCCAGCAGCCGUCAAGGUAACGAUGCAGAACCAUGUAUGCGCACACCAGCACGAGCCAGAUGUGCACUUGACGCAGCAAGAAGCGCUCACGGCGCUCUUGGAGGCGCAUUUCGGCCAUGUCCAAAUGGCAGAAGUCGGGGGACAUGCGCAGGAGGAAGCAGCGAUGGAGAGCGGGGAGACACAGAUCCAAGGCGCCGAUGCUCCCCCCGAUGAGAUCCCUGCCGAUGCCCCUGUCACAGACAAUGAGCCCACUACGCCGCCCCUGGCCCAGCUCCUCGCGACCAUUCCAGGACCCCUUCGCGCGGCAAUGACCAUCGAGCUGGACGGCGAGCCUGCGAUGAUUGAGCUGACCAACAUGCACGUCUACGCGCUCUCCGAGUCGCUUCGGCAGCGCGUGGAGCGCCUCGUUGCAAUGGUACGCUCCACGUACCAAUCCUUAUCGGACGCAUUCUACCUCGUGCCCACGAAUACGACCAUGCUCUUCCAAGGCCCACACAGCCAAGUGCAGCCACCUACAGAGUCUACAGCGCCACGGAAAGCCCUUGAGGCAUGUCCAUAG